UACCGAGUGCGUGCCAUCACAAUCAGAUUAGAACACUACGACCAGAUGCGUUACUUUGCGCUGCCCCCCUCAUCACUGACUUGGCAAAUUUUGCCACCCUACUAACUCAACGAUAGCCAGAGCAGUCACUUGCCGCUUGAUAUCGGCAAUUCAUGAGAUGCUGAUGGGAAUCCAGGAGCCCGGGUAACGUUUUUCUACCCAGAUGGAGGCGAACAACAGGGGCUACCUCAGCGCUACUUUAGUAUAUCCCGGACGGACCCGCAAUGGCAUCCAAUCAAUACGUUUAGCUCCCCUCUUUUGCAGGCUGACUACUCGAGUGGAUUUGAAGGGCGUUUGAUGAGGUGAUGGUACUUCAUUUUGUGUAUAGUAUAACUGGUAACGCUUGACGAUGUAGCGGCAAGACAAGUCGGAUUCUAUGUUUGGCAAUAGUGUGUUUUGUACUAGCAAGGUACCAACAAGGCAGAUAUAUCGAUACCUAUCAGAUGUCAUCAGCGUGGAAACCUUCUCCAUACAAGCUGUCAUGUCCAAAGCGGCUAAGGCUCUCGGCAGUACGAAAUGUUUUGUCCACAGGCACUCCCGUAGCGCUACAGUACCCCUGCAGGUGUAGUCUUUGUUUCAUGAAACCGCCCCAUAUCUCCACAUCUCCCUUGCAAUUCUGUCGGAGUUAUACCUCAGUAUAAAGAGGGCUCUACCUUCCCCUCUUCUUACGUUCUUUACCUAUGGAAUAGAGUUCCGUUCGGCAGUGCCCUCAUUUUUCAUUCAUUCUUUACCGUUGCUUUUUUUUGCAACCCACACACUCCUUUCUUUACAGAAGAUUAUCUGUAGCCACUCCUUCCAAAACAAAAUGCACUGGUGCACUACACUCAUGGCUCUGGCAGCGCCGGUCUACGCGCUGCCGUUCUCUCUCCCCUUCGGCUCGACAUCUACGCCCCAGCGCGCCGUGUGGUUGUGGAAUUCGGAUAUCAUCCAGGACGAUGUAGCCACCGACAAGUUCUUCUCGGUUGCGUCUGCUCCUAGCAACAAGUUCACGACCGUCUACGCCCUCAUCGAUCGCGACAUGGGCAACGAGGCAUGGCAAUCUUUCAUCAAGAAAUGCAACUCGAGCGGCAUCGCCGUCGAGGGCUUGAUGGGAGAUGCUCAAUGGGUCCUCGGAGGCACAACCGAGGACGGACCAACCUUCCAACACAGCUUGGACUGGGUCAAGCAGUACCAGGAAAGCGCGCCCGACAACGCAAAGCUUGCCGGAAUCCACCUGGACGUCGAGCCGUGGGGCCUGGACGGAUGGGCCUCCAACAAAGGGGAAUACGUCGACUCGCUCGUCUCGAUAGUCAGCAGGGCCACCGAAGCCGCCAAACCCCUCGGUCUCCCCGUCGCAGCCGAUCUCCCCUUCUGGGCCAACACGGUCGAUUGCGAGGACACAAAGCUGGAUGCGUGCAUGGCCAAGAGGCUCGACUCGAUCACCUUCAUGACGUACCGCUCCACGCCCAAGGAUCUCCUGGAUGUCGCACACUCUGUGCUCAACACUGUCAGUUCCAUGGGAAAGAAGGGCUGGGUCUCUGUGGAGACGUCUGCCGAUGUUGGCGAGGCGUCCUUGAUCAGCUACGCGGGCAAGGCUUUGAGCACUCUGGCUGGCGACUUGACAAAUAUCGAAACGCUGGCGAAAUCACACAGCGGAUUCAGCGGGAUCGCUGUGCAUGAUUACAAGAGCCUUUCUGGCAUGAGCGGUUAG